GGUGAGGCGGCGGCGGGCGGAGCGGAGCGGAGCGGCCGCGAUGAGGCUGCUGCUGCUGGCGUGCCUGCGGGCACAGACCGGCAACGCCACCACGGCCGCCAGGAUCCGGAAUCAUCUAGAGGCUGCAGGUCACACCUGUGUUCUUAAAGAUGCUUUCAUGUAUGGAAGUGCAGCUGAAAUAGCAAACCUGACCUCCUCGGACAAGUUUGAUGCAGCCCUGGCCAUUCACCUCUACAAAGGAGGCAGACUGCUGCAAGGGAGCAGAAUUCCCUUUGGGGUCAUCUUUGGAGGGACAGAUGUCAAUGAAGACAUGAAAUGCAAAGAGAAACGCCAGGUGAUGGGAGCAGUGCUGGAGAGAGCCAGGUUUGCAGUGGCUUUCACGGUGGAAAUGAAGGAGCUGGCAGCAGCAGAGUGGCCAGAUGCUCGGAAGAAAAUUUAUGUCCAAAGCCAAGGAAUCAAGGCUACACCCAGUGAAACAUUUGACUGGUACCAAUUUCUACAAAAUGCAGGCAUCCCUGUAGACUCAGGCCCUGUGCAUCUGUUCCUCCUGGUGUGUGGGCUGCGCAGAGUGAAGGACCCCCUGUACCUGGUGGAAGCUUUCUCAGAGUGGCACAGAAAGGAUCCCAGUGUCUAUCUGGGCAUUAUUGGACCUGCAGUUGAUCCACUGUUCAGCAGUGAAGUUGAGGAGAGAGUUAAAAGGGCCCCCGGGACGCGCCUGCUGCAGGAGCUGCCCCAGCCCGAGCUGCACGCUGCCCUGCGCUGCUGCCUGGCCCUGGUGAACAGCUCCAGCUCCGAGGGCAUGUCUGCUGCCAUCCUGGAGGCAAUGGAUUUAGAAGUUCCCGUGCUGGCCAGGAACAUUCCCGGGAAUGCAGCAAUAAUAAAGCACAAGGAAACGGGGCUGCUGUUUUCCACUCCCCAGGAGUUUGUUGCGCUGUCCAAGAGUUUAAUGAAUGACCCCACUCUGGAAAAGGAAAUUGUGACCCGGGCCAAAGAGUACGUGGAGCAACAUCACUCCUGGGAAGGGGAGAGGAAAACCUACCAGAGCCUGGUGCAGAGACUGCAGUGAGCUGCAGGGCCAGCAGAGCCCUUGGUGAUGGCAGCGUGCUUGGGUUGGGGUUCCUUGGGUUCCUCCUGAAAAACAGCCAGACAUUGUUCAAUAGAGGAACAGCCGGAGCAGAGCUGCUGCAGGGCCAGGCUGAGCCA